AUGUCUGUUAGAUUAUUACCUACUAGACUUCCCUCAAGACUUCUCACGACAUCUAAUGCUUCUGCAACCAUAAAAUCCUUAUCACAAACACAAUUCAUUUAUAGACGUUUCCAUGACACACCAAAUGCUCAAAGCACAGCGACACAACAAUCACUUCAAAAUGAUCCUACUCAUAUGAUACCAACAAACACUCCAUCCGGCGCUGAUUUAGCUGCACCUACUCCAUCCUCGCCUCUUAGUUUCAGUACAAGUCUCAAACAUCCAGGUAAAAAGGUGUCACCAAAUGAAUAUCUCAAAGCAUUCAACAACAAAGAGUUGAUUUCGUUUAUGAUGAUGGGAUUGUGUACAUUGAACAGUGCUACAUUGAAACUUUGCAUCAAGAUGUUUCCUUAUGUGCCAAUGGCUGUUAUCAAAGCAUUGGUUUAUAGAAUAUACUGCGGUGGAGAAACUUUGGAUGAGGUUAAACAAGCUGGAUUGCGCUUGCAUGAAAGAGGCAUCAACAAUAUGAUGAUUUCUUUGACAAUCGAGGCAUGUGACGGUAACGACAAUAUCGAUCCGGAGUACAUCAUUGAUGAAACUGUCAAGUCCAUCAAUGGAAUUUUGGAGCCUCACACUAGAACAAUGAUUGAAACUUGUGACAAAAACAUCAAUGACAUUCCAUCAGGUUACGUUGCUUUAAAACCUACUGGAUUUGCCAAGAAUGCAGCACACGUUUUGAAAAACUACAAGAAUGGAGAAGAGGCCGCUUUUGCUGAGUUGGUCGCUAAAGCAACCAGAGCAUGUCAAGCUGUUUACGAUGCAAACAAAAGAUUAGCUAAAGAGUACCCAGAUAGAACUGCGCCUUUUGUUGUUGCUGUUAUUGAUGCCGAAAAACACGAUUUACAACCUGGCGUUUAUGAAUUGCAACGUCAAUUGUAUCAAAAAUUCAACAAAGUGAACCAGCCUUGCUAUGUUGUUGGUACUCUCCAAAUGUACCUUUCUGAAUCAGCCUCAUUAUUGGCACAAGAGGAGAGAUUGGCCCAGGAAAAUAACUACAGAUUGGGUUUGAAGUUGGUUCGUGGUGCUUACAUCCACUCUGAAAAGGAACGUUCUAGCAUCAUCCACAAAACGAAACAAGACACAGACGACAACUACAAUGCCGGAAUCACUUAUUGUAUCGACUCCAUCUUGAACCAAAAGGAUAAGGAAUCCACUAUCGGCCACUUGGUUGUUGCAAGCCACAAUGCUGAUUCAUUGAAAUUGGCCAGCUCUAAAGUUUACACUCAAGAAAAUGCCACCAACAUCAACAAGAGCAAUGUCGUACUUGGCCAAUUAUUGGGUAUGGCUGACAACAUCACAUACGACUUGAUCAAGAACUACCAAAUUGGUAAUGUCAUCAAAUACGUUCCUUGGGGUCCACCAUUGGAGACCAAGGAGUACUUGUUGAGAAGGUUGGAGGAGAAUGGUGAUGCUGUGAGAAACGAUAACGGAUGGCCAUUAGUAAAAGCAACAUGUGGUACUUUAAUAGGAAGAUUGUUCAAAGCUUGA